AUGACUAUACCCAAGCACAGGUUCUUCAUGUGGCUGACCAUGAAGAACAAAAUGCAGACAACAGCAAGACUGUUCACAAUUGGUGUUAGCAGAGAUCCCAUGUGCCAGAUAUGUGGGUUAGCUGAGGAGGCACAAGAUCAUCUAUUUUUAAACUGUGUAUAUAGCUGUGAAGUGUUGAAAACAAUCAAAAGAUGUAUGAUGUGGAAUACAACCAGCACCAAUGUUCUAGAUAUAUACAGGUACAUAAAAAGAAGCAGAAUGUCUAGAAUGUGGAAGCAAACUAGCUACGCUGUACUUGCUGCAAGUGUUUACCAGAUUUGGAGUGUCAGAAAUGAUGCGUUUUGGUCAUAG